AUGCAUUUGACAUGAUCACACUUGCAACACGCCCCCCUCAUGCGUCAGUUCUCUCUCUUACUGGAAUCCCCAACACAGAAUAGGAAAUCCUAUAGCAGCUUAAAGUCAGAGACCUGAUCACAACUGGUUCAUUUCCAGUCACAUCAACAGUUCUGCAAAAGCCUGGCUGGAGGGGAUGGCACAAGACACUUGUCUCACAGGCUUUCGACUUGCCGGGGUUGUCCUUGCAGCAUUGAUUGUCAAUGCAGCGUGUUUGAUCUGGAUUUAUUCUGCUAAGCCGGUUGAAUCACCGUCAGGAGCUGGUGGAGGUCUAAUUCAUGACUUGGGGAAAUUUCUCAGAAGUCCUUCCUCCAAUUCCAGUUUGUUCCUUAAAGCCUCUCACCCCACCAAACAGACCAAACAGAUCUUUGGUGAGCUGGAGUGGGAGGAGGAGGGGAAGGAGAUUGGCAGCAUGUUCCUGACCAAGAACAGGACCCACAUCCAGGUGACCAUGGCAGGCUGGUAUGUGGUCUUUGUCCAAGCCACCUUUAAGCUGCCAGCAGGGAAUGACACCAGGGACCUAAGGCUACAGCUGGAUUUCACCUACCAGGAGCGUACGGACCAGUUUGCCAGUGCCUUUGACACGCGGCAGUUGCUGGAAGAGGAGCAAGACGCCCCAUUGAGUUUCUCUGUCCUUUUGCGGAUGGAGCCGGAGAAUAGACUGUCUGUGAUGGCAAGCCACAGGCAGUGGGUUGAUUAUGAGAGAAGACCAGUCUCUACCUUCAUUACUAUCAUUAGAUGCUCUGACUAGCCAAACUGGAGCCUGAGGAGAGGGCCAAUGUGUAAUACCUUUUGAGUUAGUGUCUGUAUGCCACACGUAUCCAUUAAGGUGGUGUGUACAGGUCACUGCCAAAAUAAAGGAAACGCCAACAUAAAGUGUCUUAUUUGGGGUGUUGGGCCAGAAGAGUUUCAAUGCACCUUGGCGUAUAUUCUACACGUGUCUGGACCUAUUGGAGAGAUGCCAUAUGAAAUUCCAUAAUUUGUUUUAUUUGUUGAUGGUGGUGGAAAACGCUAUCUCACGCAACACUCCAGAAUCUCUCAAGUGUUAAAUUGGGUUGAGAUUUGGUACAUGAGAUGGCCAUGGCAUAUGGUUUACAUCGUUUUCAUUGUCAUCAAACCAUUUAGUGACCACUUGUGCCCUGUGGAUGGGGGGCAUUGUCAUCCUAUUGGGGCUUAGACAUAGUAGCCAAAAUAAUGGGCAAAUUAAUGUCCUGCCCAGCAUUUUUAUACUUGACCCUAAACAUGAUGCGAUGUUAAUUGCUUUUUAACUCUGGAACCACACCUGUGUGGAAGCACCUGCUUUCAAUAUGCUUUGUAUCCCUCAUUUACUCAAGUGUUUCCAUUUAUUUUUGCCAAUUACCUGUAUGAAACCAGAGACCUAGGGAAGGACUCGAUUGUAUACUCCUCAGGUCCCCUGCUCAAAACUAAUUAGAUGAGAGAACAGAGGUCCCUACCCUCUGACCUCCAAUGGGUUUUGAGAGGGAGACAAGGAGAGAGGACGUGACGUGUAUCCUUCCAUAAGAGAUUAGAAUCUUAAAACAACAAACCCUGUGAUUUUAUGAGCUGUCUGCACAUCACUGCUGGCUUGUUUGUAUGCUUUUGUAGGGGAUGGAGAAACUGUAGGUGGGCUCAGUGGUGACAGACAUGGUUACUGACAAGAGAAGGGGGGCAAGCAGGAUGGGGGUAAAGGAUGUCCACCAGCCAAUUACCUAAUUUCAUUUUCUUAAUUUGGCUGAUUUAUUUGUCUUCACAAUAUCUGAAUGUCUGGAUUGAAGACAAGAGUUAUACUGUUAAGGGUUCUAGCAUGGUGUGUCUCAAUAGCAGGACCACAGUAAAAAAAAAGGCAUUUUAUUUGGCCUAAAAAAAUCUGACUACGCCUUUUAUAUAUUAUAUCAGGUAACAUUUUUAUAUACUCAACAAAUGAAUGUUGCAGAAAAAUAAAGUACCUGACCACACUACACAACUUCUGUUGACACCCAUCUUUUACCAAUUCUUAUAAUGUUGUGUAGUAGUGAUUGACAUAUAAUAAAUGUGAGAGAGCGAGUGCUAU